CAGCACCAAAGCGAGGAAGCUGUUUUUUCCUCCUGCACACGUGCCCUGCCAAUCAAGCGCAAGCUAGACCGAGUUGUUACACUCACAAUAUCAAGACGAUAAACGCACUGUCAGCGACGCGCCGCCCACGACACCAUGGCCUCGGACGACCUCGUGUGGUCCGUCAUAGGCACUGAUUUCUGUAGUUUCAAGCUCAAAACAACCAAAGAUCAAACCUUUUGCAGAAAUGAGCACAACGUAUCAGGCUACUGCUCAAAGCAAUCUUGCCCCCUCGCGAACUCUCGAUAUGCCACGAUCCGCUCAGAUCCUGCGACGGGAAAUCUGUACCUGUACAUCAAGGCGAUUGAACGCGCUCACCUUCCGUCACAAUGGUGGGAGAAGAUAAAACUUCCCAAAAACUAUGCUCAGGCACUUGAGCUCGUAGACCAACAUCUUGCCUACUUUCCCAAGUUUCUGGUGCACAAGAACAAGCAGCGCCUGACUCGGCUUACUCAAGUCAACCUGAGGAUAAGGCGGCUAGCUAAGGAAGACGAGCGUCUAGGAGAGAGGCUUGUACCUAGGCUUGCACCCAAGGUCCGCCGACGAGAAGAAGGCCGAGAACGCAAGGCACUUGCUGCGGCAAAGGUCGAGCGCGCGAUCGAGCGAGUGCUGAUUGAACGUUUGCGCAGUGGCGCAUAUGGUGACCGACCGAUCAACGUCGAGCCCAAUGUGUGGAAGCGAGUCAUGCGCGGUCUGGAGAAGGAGGGCCAGCUCAAGGGAGACCAGGACCUAGACGAUGGCAUUGAAGAUGACGAGGAGAACGAGUAUGAGGAGGAAAUGGAGGAGGGCGUGGGACAAGUGGAAUAUGUCAGUGACAUUGAGGGCGAGUCAGAGGACGAGAUGGAAGACUUUGAAGACUGGAUAGGAGGCCAGAGUCCAGAUGAGGGCGACAGCGACGAGGACGACAGCGGCAGUGACGAAGCUGAAGACAAGUCAGACGAUGACACUGAGGCGCUCAAGAAGACACUGGCGAAUCUCAAGCGCAAACGCCCUGCCGGACCACCACCGAAGCCCAAGAAGAAGGCGACAAAAGAAACAAAGGGCCCCAAGCGGAAGAUUGAAUACGAAGUGGAAAUUCCUAGCGCGAGCAAGGCUAUGCGGAUAUAAUAGCCAUAUGGAAGUAUUAUGGUUGACAUGGCUAGUGGGAUGAUGGCAUUUGGGCGUGGAGGGUUUGUAUUGUCUCUGGGCUUCACUGAAGACGGUUGUGAGACAUUGUGCACCAAACACAUUGUGUAGUCAUGUUUGUAAUGUCAACAAAGUAAUGAAUGCAACAG